UGGUUUACAUCGAUGCAUGGCACGUUUUUUAAGAUCUUAUGUCAGUUUUGUUGAUCAUUGUUCGUCUCCAUCAUCUUCUUUCAUCCUUUCCGGAGACUUGAAUAUUUCAGAAGUCAGAACCAAAAGAAAACACACAUGGAGAUGGUGAGCUUCAUAAGCGCGUGGUGUUUAGUGAUCAUCUCACUUUGUUACACAUAUGUCGUUGCCAGAUUGGUUCCUAAUGGGAUGAGAAGGAUGAUACUGUUCAUACCAGUCUUCCUCUAUUUCUUCAUUGUUCCUUUAUCAUUGUCCAACAUACAUGCUGUCGGCAUCACGGCUUUCUUCAUCUCCUGGCUCGCUAACUUCAAGCUCUUUCUCUUUGCUUUAGGACGAGGUCCUCUUGCUUCAGACACCAAACCCUUAUCUCUCCCUAUUUUCUUAGCCGUCUCUUGCUUGCCCAUCAAGAUUCAUCUGAGCCCUAAAUCUUACUCCCAAGGAGGAUCAUCCAGAGAGGGUCUAUUAUAUUAUACCAUCAUGGCUACUCUUUUGGUUCUUAUGACAAAAGUCUACGAGUAUAACAGCAAACUCCCGAACAAAGCCGUAUUGACUCUCUACGCGAUUCAUAUCUACCUCCUCCUCGAGCUCAUCCUAGCCGCCACGGCCACCAUGGUUCGAGCCAUGUCAGGUCUUGAGCUAGAGCCACAGUUCAACAAACCGUACCUGGCGACAUCUCUUCAGGAUUUCUGGGGGAGACGAUGGAACCUGGCGGUCACUGGAAUCCUAAGGCCUACCGUGUACGAGCCGAUGAUUCAGCUCUUCUCUGUCUUGGACCCGAACUGGUCACGUGUUCUUGCUGUUCUCGCCACGUUUGUUGUCUCAGGGUUGAUGCACGAGCUCAUCUUCUUCUACAUGGGAGGGUUGAUGCCGGAUUGGAAGGUAAUGUGGUUCUUCCUUGUACACGGGCUCUGCACUACUGUGGAGAUCGCCGUCAAGAAAAAAGUCAACGGGAGGUGGAGGCUUCCGACAGGAGUCGGUCGUGUUUUGACGUUCGGGUUUGUCAUGGUGACGGGUUUGUGGCUGUUCUUGCCGGUGUUUAAUCGGGGCAACAUAUUUGAGAGGGCUCUUGAAGAGUAUGCAUAUGCAGGCGCGCUUGCAGCCGAGCUCAAGACCAUCAUGGCAUCUCUACUUUAAAUACUUGCCCAUGAAAACAAAUCUUGAGUUUCAUAUUGCUACAAAACAU